AGGGAUCUAAAAGCCAGCAAUGUAUUGCUAGAUGCCACCAUGAAUCCAAAAAUAUCAGACUUUGGUAUGGCUAGAAUUUUUGAUGGGGACCAAAUCGCAGCAAACACGAAUAGAGUAGUUGGAACAUAUGGUUAUAUGUCACCAGAAUAUGCAAUGGAGGGGCAAUUUUCUACUAAAUCUGAUGUUUUCAGCUUUGGGGUUUUGCUAUUGGAGAUCAUUAGUGGCAAGAAGAAUAACAGUUACUAUCAGGAGAACUCUGUUAAUUUAAUUGGACAUGUUUGGGACCUGUGGAAAGGAAACAGUGCUCUGGAGGUAGUUGAUUCAACAUUGGGGGACUCAUAUCAAGCUCAUGAAGUCUUGAGAUGUAUUCACAUAGGGUUACUAUGUGUGCAAGAAUUUUCCAGUGAUCGGCCUACCAUGUCAGAAGUAGUUUUCAUGCUUUGCAAUGAAACAACACUCCCUUCUCCAAGCCAACCUGCAUUUAUUUUCAAGAGAGCAACUACUGGGGACUCAUCAUCAGCUAGUGUGGGAACUGCUUCUAUAAAUUAUCUCACUAUUUCUCAAGUCCAAGCUCGCUAAAUUAUCGUGUCAUCACAGAUUGUACAUUAUUUACUUAUUCUAGCAGUAUUAGCUGAUUAACAUUACAAUUUCUCUCAGUCACUCAUGCAUUCACAGAAUGAGAUUUUGUCUCUGGAGCUAAGGUACUAUGUGAUGAGAUUUUGUGUACAAAACUUGAAGGGUCUUACAAAUAAGACUCAAAUGUUAUGAAAUGAACUUAUUUAUUGAGUCAAAUC